AUGGUCAAGGAAAUCACUUGUAGUGCCCCAGUCAACAUAGCAGUAAUAAAGUAUUGGGGAAAACGAGACAAGAAGUUAAUCUUGCCGACGAAUUCAUCCUUAUCAGUCACACUAGACCAAAAUGAACUACGAUCGACAACGACUGCAAGGCUACUAGAUAGCGAGGCUACAGAGGAUAAGCUAUGGCUAAAUGGAUCCGAACAAGUGAUCGAAAAAGACUCCAGAUUGGCUAAUUGUUUGGCCGAAUUGCGCAAAUUGAAAAUCCAAUUCGAACUUAAUGACGGACAGAAAAAACAAGCUGAUUCGUCUGCUCCCUCUUUGCCAGAGUCACGUCGGGCACUCUUGAUUGCAUCCGAGAACAACUUCCCAACGGCAGCCGGUCUUGCAUCCUCGGCCUCAGGUUUUGCAGCUCUGGUAUACACGAUCAGUAAACUAUACGACUUACCGAUCGGGAUGACGGAGUUAUCCAAGAUAGCCCGCCAAGGCUCAGGAUCGGCGUGUCGCUCGAUCUUUGGAGGCUUUGUAUCGUGGGAGAUGGGCUCGGCAACCGAUGGCUCGGACUCGAUGGCCCUCGAGGUAGCCGACCGGUCCCAUUGGCCUGACUUGGAGGCCUUGAUCUGUGUGGUCAGUGAUCGCAAGAAGGGCACGAGCUCGACCAGCGGGAUGGAUGCGACCGUCCAGAGCAGCGGGUUACUCCAGCACCGUAUCAAGAACGUGGUGCCCGAACGGAUGAAACGAAUGAAGCAGGCUAUCAAGGAGAGGGACUUCGACAGCUUCGCCGAACUAACGAUGGCUGACUCUAAUCAAUUCCACGCCGUCUGUCUCGACACCCAGCCCCCGAUCUUCUAUCUCAACGACGUUUCCCGCUCGAUCAUCGCUGUCAUCGAAGAACUCAAUCGGUCCUCCAAGGCUGAAGGGGAUGGAUACGUGGCCGCUUACACCUUUGAUGCCGGGCCGAAUGCGGUGAUCUAUGCGCCCAAGAGGAACAUGCGCAAAGUAUUGAACCUCAUCCUCCAUUACUUCCCCUUACCAGAUCUAGAACAGUUUAAAGACCCGAAAGGCUACUUCGAUCUCGCCACUGAACGGCCCGGUCAACUCGGACUACCGAUCAAGUUCAAUCAGAACGUCUCUCCCGUCUGGACUGAGGGCAGCAUUAGCAGACUGAUUCAUACCCAAGUGGGCGACGGUCCGCAAGUACUCAACAAUAAGCUUGGCGCUGGGUUGAUCAAUCGUGAUGGUCUCGUCCAAAGCCUCAAAGCCACCAACGGUCAUUAA